AAUGAGUUCACCAUCCUGAAACUGUACACCUUAUCAUCCCAGAUGGUGGAGGUUGUUCUAAAUGAUAGGGAAUCAAAGGUGUCUUAUCGAUUAAUUUCAGAAUUAAAUAUACAUCAAAUCUUAUCUAGUGUCCUACUUUACAAUUACUUUCUAUUCAGAAUGCCAGAAAUACCAAAUCAUAUUGACUGUCUGUUUUCAGGCUGACUUUCCAUUCAGAGUGACUGAAAUCGAACACACAUUAAUUCAUUUAAAACUUGAAGCUCCUCUGCUACUUUUAGGCCGUAGUGGGACAGGGAAAACCACCUGUUGUCUCUAUCGCUUGUUCAAUGAGUUUUUAAAUUAUUGG